GACCAAGAGCAUCCCAGUCCUGGAAGGGAUCGACUUGGAGAACAUGCGCCAGGUGUGCCUCCAGGGCCGGGAAGUCUUGGACCUCGCCGCGCGGAUGCUGAGGCCCGGCAUCACGGGGGAUGAGAUCGACCGAGUGGUCUACAUCGCGUGUCGUGACCGAGGCCUCUAUCCGAGCCCCUUGAACUACAUGGGCUUUCCCAAGUCGAUUUGCGUCUCAGUGAACGAGGUGAUUUGCCACGGGAUCCCCGACAGCCGUCCCUUGGCGGACGGCGAUCUGGUGAAUUUAGAUGUAAGUGUUUGCCUCGAGGGCUUCCACGCGGAUCUCAACGAGACCUACUUGGUGGGCCACUGUGACGACGAGUCGCACCGCUUGGUGAGGAGCGCCUACAAUGCACUGAAGGCUGCCACCGCCUUGAUCCGGCCGGGCCCGGGGUCCACAGACGGGGACCGCCAGGAAGGUCGCAACGAGGAAGUUGCAACGUGCCAUCCGAAUCCGCUGCUAUUGGGCUGGCAGAUCUUGGUAGAAGCUGAGACAGAGGUGAAGAGCUCUGUCCAACGGGGCAUCAAGCAGAAGAUCCAGGAGCAGUUCCCGCGCCUGGAGCCCGUCUUCAAGGAGAUUUGGCCUAAGGACUGCCUGGUGUGGCCAAGUGUAAGGAUCACAUCUCUUUGGUGCUCAUCGAAAAGGUCCCACUCUUUUGGCAAGAACGAGACGGGCCCUGGCUGCCGACCCUACGCUUGCUGCACAAGUAUCCGUCGAUGA